AGUCACAAGUAAGAAAAGAUGUGAAUAAUUGAAAACUAUUGGAUACUAAAUCAAUGUUCCAUGAUGAUCCUUUAGUCCAUAAAGCUUUGCUACCUGUGAGAUGCUAACGCUACAACUUCUAAUGAAUUCUUCACGUUGAAACAGAAAGUCAUCGUUUGGUGAGAUUUCUUUAACCAUGAGGAGCUGUGAAGUCUUUUACUGGUCUUCCUGGAACUGGACCCCAUAACAUCCCAGCGUGACCUCGUUCCACAGAAGGCGCAGGAACACGAACCUUUAAGGGCGGUGAAGCUGAGGAAGAGCGGCAGCAGGAAUGCAGUCGGAGGAAAGGACGACAUGGGGAGGAUCUAACCUGACUUCAGAUCCCGCCGCCUCGGACAAUGAGGACCUUGAUAGCUGGAGGAGCGGCCGUAUCAAAGAAUGUGUGCAGACCCGCUGUCAGCUUCUCUUUAAUGAGGGACAGAAUUUAUUUCAUGGCUGCUGAACAACCAGAAACAGAAAUAAAAGACAUGCAGGAAGGAAACACAAUGAAAAUGAAAGCUAUUUAUAUGUAGCUUAAAGGUGAAAACUGAAGGACAGUUGGAAAAAGUUGACAUUUUUUUUAAAUCCAGAAAACUUGUGUCUGUUUCCAGAGUUUUUGCCAGAGUCUCAUGUCUUUAAAUGUAGAUGAAGGAACAUCAGAGGAGGACCAAAGGCUGUGCACACAAACGUGUCACAAACCCAAAUGCUUCUUCGGGACUUCAGGAGAGAAGGGGGAGGACUUUUAGUCGCUCCACUGCGAUGAAGAGUGCAGGGCAGAGAUGAAGAGAACCCCCCGCCGGACCAGAUCUAACUCUGCACAGCAGACCUUCCUUUUUGAGCGACCCAUCCAGAUCAAGCCAGAGGCGCCAUGGCACAGAGCUCCAGCGCGCGCCAGAGGAUGGCCCGCACCUUCCUGACGCUCGCGCUGUGCGCUCAGGUGGGGUCCGGCUUCUCGGUGUCAGAGCAGCAGGAGAACACCUGUGAGGCUAACGGCAGCACCUAUUACCUGGGGGAGUGGUACUUCCUGGACUCGGACCACUGCACCCAAUGCGAGUGCACCGCCGAGGGCUCCGUCUGCGCGCGCACGGAGUGCACCUCUCUCCCGGCGGCGUGCAUCCACGUGAGCCACUACCCCUCUGACUGCUGCCCCAGGUGUGAGAAGAUCGGCUGCGAGUACAGAGGGGUGGUGUACGAGCUGGGCCAGAACUUCCAGCCAUCAGAGUGCGAACAGUGCACGUGUGACAGCGACGGCAUCGCCCGCUGCCUGGUCGCUGAUUGCGCCCCCCCACCCUGCGUGGAUCCGGUCUACCAGCCGGGGAAGUGCUGCCCCGAAUGCAAGGAAGGUCCCAACUGCUACGUUGAUGCAUCCCACAGUCAGGUGAUUCCUGCAGGGGAUCCAGUCUGGGUCGAUUCCUGCACCAAGUGCCGCUGUCAUGACGGACAGGAUGCUGGCUACUGGGAGGGAAACCGUCUCGCCUCCUGUUCCCGCCUCAAAGGCUGCACACCACAACAACCGUCUUAUCAGCCAAACGGAUUUAGUGCAGCACAGAAAGCUGAGGCCUAAAAUUCAGAUUUGGUAUCGGCCUGGUCAGGUGCAUGCUUCAUUUUUUUUUAUCACGAAAACAACCUUGGCGUAGCAUUUGUGAAAUUUAAAGCCAGAGGCUGCAGUUGGCUGGAACCAGCAGCGGCUGCAGUUUGAGAAAAUUGACUCAGAAUUUCCAUAAAAAUAAUUAAAAUAUAUUUUUUUAAAGCAUGAAAACCUUUGACCUUUGGAUGCAUGAAUUUAUUUCCAAUUAUUUUGUUUUCAAGUAGAUAUUAAAUCAAUGUAAUUUUGUAGCAUCAAUAGGCGUCAAAGGGUUAAAUAUCUCCGUUAAACCUGAAUUUAAACAUUUUUUAAGGUCAAAUUGUUACUGUUAUUGGCCCUAACUCACUUUGUAUGCCUUUAGAGAAAAAUAAAAGUUUAAUCUAAUAAAACAAAAA